AUGUCGUUCGCUUUGGCAUCGCUCCAGGGCCGGGCGCUAGCUAGCCCGCUCCAUGUGAAGAGGACCGCUCCGCGUCGUGGGACCCGCGCGGUCCUCGUCCGCGCGGCGGUGGACCCCGAGCGCGACGUCAUCCUCGUCUCGGGUUGCCGCGAGCGCGUCGCUCAGUGCUGCGUCGAUCAGCUCAGCAAGAACGAGCGCAGCGCGGGGGUCGUGAUCAAGGUGACGCUGCCCCACGACGCCUACGUCGGCGUCAAGAACCCGCUCAACGCCAUGGCGAAGGACCUCGUGUUCCCCGACAAACCGAUGAUCGACUGCCUCGGCGCCCUGGACGCGGUCGAGUGCGUCGACGAGUCCACGGAUUUGUUCAAGGGUUGCCUGAAGGACGCGACCGGCGUGAUCCUCGCGUCGGAGUACGCACCGACGCUGCUCCAGACCGCGGUCGACCUCUGCGACCGCAUCAAGGCUGGCGCCAUGCCCAAGUUGCGCAGGGUCGUGGUCUUGUCGCACAUCGGCGUCGAACGAAGGGACGUGGAUCCCUGGAAGUUCAUGAAUCGAAAGACGAUGGUGGGCACCGGCGUGAUCGGCGGCAAACCCCAGCCGGGCGGCGCCCCGCUGGACCGAUGGGUCGACGCCGAGGAGCUCAUCAAGGCGACGCUCGAGUCCUGCGGAGGCGCGGACAAGUCCCCGUGGUCUUACACCAUAAUCAGGGUCGGCGACCUGCGCGGGAACGGCCCAACCUCCGUCACCUACGGCGACGCGAUGCUCACACUCGUGGACAACGCCUUCGACGUUCGCAUGCAGGACAUAGAGAUGGAGGAGGGCGACGCGUUCGAGGGGUUCACCAAGCGCCUCUCCGUCGCGGUGGUCAUGAACCGGAUGCUGACGACGCAGUCGUACAGGGUGAUCAACAGGACCUUCUCGUGCAUCAGCACGGGGCCGGUGGACAGGGAGCGAAGGAAGGGUUGGGACGUGGCGAAAGGGCGGUCGCCGCCGCCCAUCGAGGACAAGGUCGUGGACGAGGAGCUCCAGCCCAAGGAGGAGGAGGAGAACGUCCCCGCGGGCGCACCCGUGCCCACAUGA